CCAAGUUUGAUUUUUUUUUUUAUAUUACGGAGUAAAAAAUGUCUUUUUUUAGAAUGUUUUGAAAACUGGCUUUGAGCCGUGGAGAGUUGCCACUUGGCCCCAAUGCCUUCAGUGGAAAUGAGGAAGACAACAACAGUUUUAGGAGUAAGGGUGCUAAGAUCUGGAAGACGGCUGAGAAUUCCCAGUGAGGGGAAACGUCUGCGAGCAGCUGAACGGUGGAUCGAGUUUCUUGGCUGUGCAAGAGAUGGAAAUGGCGGCUACGCUUCCCAAUGCAAGGCGAAAGGGCGCCGCACGAACAAUGUUCAUCGGAUUCAAGAAUCUUCUGGAAUCAUCCUCAAUACAGGUGUUGAUUGUACAGUUGUUAUGCCUGAACUUGAUAAGCAUGAACCACAGGGGAUCAGUGGGAAUGGAAAUGUAGAUAAAAUGUGGGGAGCCUUUUAUACGAGGAAAAGGAAAAGGACUCAUUCGCAGAGUCUUGGUAUGAUAGAUAAUGGUGUAAAUAAUAAUUUGUUGUUUAGAAGGUUUGGAAAGCAGUAUGCUAGAAAGAGAUAUAAGAAGGGAAAUAGAGGAAGUUCUGCACAUGAUUCUUGGGCUCAUCAUUUAACUAUCGUUGAAUCCAUUAGUGUAGAAAAUUGUAGGCAUGCCAGUAGUGUUUUGGUUGCUGGCUUCUUGAGUUCUGUAUUGUGUUACAUGAGGAGAACAAGUGUUACUUUACAGCACCUUUUUGCGUUCCUACAAACAAAUCCAAUUCAUGAUGUAUACUCUUUGCAUGGAGUUAAUUUUUUUGAGGAAUCUACUUCGGAAAUGAGACUAAAUGCUUGCAUCAUUUCCUCUGUUCGGGUUACUAUGCCAGUUUUUACUGUCAACCUUUCUGUCGUUCCGAGUUGUUUUAUGUCUUUACACGCAAGUUUGCAUUUGAAGAGAUCAGAUUCUCUUUCCUCUGUGUGUUGGAACCUGGCUCUGGAUGUUUCUGAGGGGGACACCAGAAUUGCUAUGGACAUGGAAAAUGAAUGCUGUGAUGCCUCUGGCAGUGACCGUUUGGGGCGGAUAGAGAUACCAUACAGUAUUGAUUCUGGGAUGUGGGUUCUUGCACAACCAGUUCCUACAGUUACAAAAGUAGCUACCCGGAAUUUUCCACCAAGGAAUGGUCAGACUAACCAGAAGCAGAGAAAUACUCUGAGGUCAAGGAGAGGUCAGUUCACAGCUGCCCAUUAUGCGCUAAUCACAAGUUAUGCUAACUACCCGGAGUAUAUUCCAAAUGCAAAUGCCGGAGAAGCAAAAUCUGCCUCAGUGAACUUAUUGGUUAUAGAAUUAGACAAGUGUUACAGGGAGGCAUCGGCGAUGAUCACUCUGGAAUGUUCUGUCUCCAAACAGUGGAUUCUUGUUGUUAAGAGAGGAGGGUUGAGUCGAUUACAUCUUUUUGCGGAGAAAGUUUUGAGGCCAUGCAGCUCUAACCGUGUAACUCAUGCAAUAGUAUGGAGUGUUGAUGAUAAUUUGAAAAUGGAGUUUCCUGAUAGGCAAGAUUGGAUGAUAUUCAAGGAACUCUAUAAGGAAUGUUGUGAUCGCAAUAUGCAUCACCAAGCAACUAGUUCUAUUCCUGUUCCUGGCAUACGUGAAGUGGCUGUCUAUGAAGAGAAAAAUGUUGUGCCGUUUAUUCAACCAGAUUCAUACAUUUCUGUGAAGGAUGAUGAAGCCACAAGAGCAUUGGCAUGGAAGAGAGUGAACUAUGAUCUCGACUCUGAUGAUGAAGAGUGGCUGGCCACCUUUAACAAUAACUAUUGUUUGGAGAAAGAGCUUCUUGACCAUGUUUACGCUGAAAGAUUCGAGUUUAUUAUUGAUUCUUUUGAAAGAGAGGCUUUCUCAAAUCCAAACUAUUGUGCUGAUGAGAGAUCUGUUUGUGGUGCUUUCCUAGAGACAGAAAGGAAGGAAGUUGUAGAAGCUGUAUAUAGUUACUGGUCUGAAAAACGGAAACAAAAACGAUCUCCCUUGAUAAGGAUUUUCCAGUUGUAUCAGCCUAGGAGUCGGUUAAUCCCGAUGCAUAUCAUGCGCAAGAAAAGAUCAUUCAAACGGCAUAAAGGUCAAUUCAGAAGAGGGAAAAACCUGACUUUACUGCAAGCUGUAGAAGGUGCACAGCAGAAGAAGAGUGCCUUCGUUAAGGUUCAAGAAGCUAAAGAAGCAGCACAAAAACACGACGACAAGGCUGUUGUGAAGCGUCACAAAGCGCAGCAGCUUAUGGGAAAUGCUGACUUAUUGACUUUCAAAGCUCUUAUGGCACUUAGAAUAGCUGAAGCUGUAAAGACGGCCGAGUCUCUUUUAGCCAAUGCAGGUAAAAGAAUCUAGUCUUCUCAAGCUGAGAAUUCAGUGCUUUGCAAUAGAAGGGUCUGUCAUGU